AUGGUCCUGCAACUCUUGAUCCUUGGCUUCUUCCUGCCUGGAGCUGCGUCAAAGUCCUUUCCGUUUCCUGAUGAUUUCCGGCACGCUCCCCACUGCGACACAUGCAGUGGCCCGGGCGCCGCCCAAUGCAACAGCUCGGAUUGCCAGACUCGGUGUGUGAAGGAAGGCAAGCAGUGCUUCAAGGCCAACCGCUUCAAGCUGGGCUGUUGCUGCAACCCGUCUGAAGUCCCCAGCCCGGAGAUCUACAAAUGCCGCACCGGUGGCAGGCACAGUGGAGACUGCAAGUGGGAGUGUUGCGAGGCAGUUCGAUAUGGAGAACACAAGGUAUUUCCAGUCAUCUGCGGAGACGGUUGCUGCGUGCCUAGCGACCACGGAUGGCCGACGCAGUGUGGCACAAGCUGGAAGCUGUCGCUGCAGGGGUCGGCUCCUAAGCGGCAUCCGUGCUGCUUGCCGAAGGGAGCGACACAGGAUCGUCAGAAUGGCGCGCGCUGCUGCUUGCACGGUGACGGGGUGGACUGCUCUUCGCCUGGCCAAGAUGAGCCUUGCUGUUUGUUGCCAAGCACCAAGGUCACCCACAACAAGAAUGUCAGCCGUGAUCCCCAUGCAGUCUGUCAGAGAAACUCAUGUGUAGCUUACGCCCCAUGUACUGGCACGGGCAGGGGCGUGCUGUGCAGCUCGCUAGACAAGUUUGUUUGCUGCCUGCGUGAGGGCAGUCCAUCUGCACAUGACCCAUGCCAGCUCAGCGUUGCUGAUUGUAGCGCACGUUACUCACCUUGCCGCGUGACAGACCAGCAAGGGAUUGAUUGUGCAUCGCACAGCGGGAAAAGCAUUUGCUGCCUAUCAGAAGGCAAGGAGGCCGGAUCAUGUCGCCAGUCUGAGUCUGAGUGCGCAGAAUACCACCGGCAGCAGACGCACAUGGCUGUCAUUGCUGUGGCCUCAUCGGUUGCAGCAGUCGUACUCCUGCUUGUGCUGUGCUGGCGCUGCUACAAGCGCCUGCGCUUGUGCUAUAGGAGCUUCAUGGACAACUUGGUCUCCCCGUUGCUUCUUCCGAGCGGCGACGUUGCUUCGGUGAGCCCAUUGAUUGACCAUCCGCGCCGCGUGCUGCUUGCCAUUUCAUGCGAGGCUUACUACGACACGGCGUAUUAUUCACGGCUGACGACACCACAUGCAGAUGCGGAUGUCUUGGCGCAGGAGUGCCAGAGCAUGGGCUACGACGAGGUGCUUCCUGUGCGGGCCUCUACUCGGGCAGACAUCGACAACGGCUUGCGCAGAGCCGUGCAAAAGGUGGCUGGCACAACUAAGGCAUUGCUGAUGAUCUCCUACUCUGGCCAUGCCGUGGAGGUGGACGGCAGGAUGAUGUGGGCCCCAGAGAGUGCGAUUCAUGAUGACAUGGGGACCCAUUUCGAUGCAAGUUGCUUGUGCCGCGACCUUAUGGAAGUGCAUCUGCGCGAAGGCAUAGCGCGAUUUGGCGCUACCGAGCCGGCCAAGAACUUGUUCGCGGUCCUACUGGCAGACUGCUGCCGUCGUCCGAGCGCUGGGAACCAUUGCGAUCCCCUCCGGCAGACCUUGACUGACAGACGCCGUCGUGACCGAGGCGGCUUGUAUGUCAUCUACUCGUGCGGCCCGGGGCUGCCGGCCUAUGAUGAGCACUCCAGUGGCCAUAGCCCGUUUGUGCAAUCCGUCCAGGAGUGCCUAUGA